AUGAAUGAAUGACGCUACAUAUUUUAGACAGGCUCGCAGAUAUUAUAAAUACAUGUGCCCACAUUACUAGUUUAGAAAUAUCAGUUCUUGUUAGAAACUGAAAAACAAAUCUAGAAAUUGAGCAUGGAGUGGCUGCAUAACUAUGUUCUUUGGUCCAUUUUUUGUUUGAUGACACUGAUAUGGCACUUGAGGAGAAGGAAUAGUUACAGACGUUCCAAGCUUCCCCCGGGGCCGAGGGGCUGGCCUGUUAUUGGCAACAUUUUUGAUCUUGGAACCUUACCGCAUAGAGGUCUAGCAGCACUAAAACAAAAGUAUGGCCCUGUGGUGUGGUUAAAUCUCGGCCCUGUCAAGACUAUGGUGAUUCUUUCUGCUGCUGCAGCCGAAGAGUUGUUCAAGAACCAUGAUCUCUCUUUUGCUGAUCGUUUUACCAAUGACACAAUGAGGUCACAUGAUUUUUAUAAGAGUUCUAUGGCUCUAGGUUCAUAUGAUAGCUAUUUUCGCACCUUGAAGCGGAUAUGUACUAUUGAGCUCUUCAGUAGUAAGAGAAUCAAUGAAACAGCUUUGAUUAGGCAAAAAUGCGUGGAUGAGAUGCUGUUAUGGAUUGAAAAGGAAGUGGAAGAAGGUGCUAGUGGUGGAAUUGAACUGACCAAAUUUAUAUUCCCAGCAUCAUUUAACUUGAUUGGAAAUUUAACAGUGUCUCGUGACUUGAUGAAUCCUUAUUCGGAGAUGGCCUCUGAAUUUCAGACGGCCUUGUCAGGUUUUUCAGAGUGUCUGGGCAGUCCUAACAUCUCUGAUUUGUUUCCAUGGCUUAGAUGGCUUGACCUGCAGGGCUUAAGGGCGACAACAGACCAGAGUCUGGGAAAAGCAAUGCAGAUUAUUUCAGGAUUCUUGGAUGAUCGUGUGAAACAGAGACAACAGAACGAAGGAAGGGCAGCAGAGCACAAGGACUUCUUGGAUGUGCUUCUAGAUUUUGAGGGCAGCGGGAAGAAUGAACCAGCUAAGCUAUCGCGCCACCAAAUCACUAUCUUUCUGAUGGAAAUGUUUAUGGCUGGAACAGAUACAACAAGCGCCACAAUUGAGUGGGCGAUGUGUGAGCUCUUACAAAAUCCUGAAUCAAUGAAGAAGAUCAAGGCUGAGCUUGUUAGAGUUGUGGGCGUAAACAACAAAUUGUUAGAGAGUGACAUUGAUAAUUUGCCUUACUUGCAAGCUACUAUAGAGGAAACACUGCGGUUACAUGCUCCAGUUCCACUAGUUCUUCCAAGAAAGGCAACUAAAGAUACCGACUUCAUGGGAUAUAAAGUACCUAAAGAUACACAAGUUUUUGUCAAUGCUUGGGCGAUUGGAAGAGACGAAGAAAAUUGGGAGGAUGCCUUGUCUUUCAAACCUGAAAGAUUCUUGGGGUCAAGUAUUGGGUAUAAGGGUCAAAAUUAUGAGUUCUUACCAUUUGGUGCUGGGAGGAGGAUUUGCCCAGGAAUUCCGCUUUCUCAUCACAUGCUUCCCCUGAUUCUUGGCUCAUUGCUUCACCAUUUUGACUGGAAGCUUAGUGAGAAUGUCAGCAGUGAGAUGAAAAUUGACAUGAGGGAGAGAAUGGGAUUAGCAGCGAAAAAACUAGAACCCUUGAGAGCAGUUCCAACACGUAUGACGACAAGUUCAUAGAUUAAUUUGGCGUUAAAAAGUUAGUAUGCUAUCUGACCUCUUGUUCAGAAAUAAACAUACACUUACCCUUACUAUGA